AUUAGUUCAAAUCGAAAAUUAUUUGCAAUCGCAUCGAACAUGGGUGGCGGGCGUUGUUGUUUUACCCUGCUACUUCCAAUAAUUGUUUUAUUGAACCUGGUGGGUGCUCAAAAGCAGCCAUUAUUCACCGAGCAACGUAGCAGCAUUGUGCAUUUGUUUGAAUGGACUUGGAAGGACAUUGCCAAGGAGUGUGAAGAUUUUCUGGGGCCUCAUGGCUAUGGUGGUGUGCAGAUUUCCCCACCCAAUGAGGUUAUUGUGCAGGAAAACAACCCCUGGUGGGCUAGAUAUCAACCUGUCUCCUAUAUUCUCACCUCAAGAUCCGGCAGUGAGGCCGAUUUGGCGGACAUGAUCAAACGCUGCAACCAGGUUGGGGUACGCAAUUAUGUGGACACCGUUGUGAACCACAUGUCUGGUUUUAAGGCCGGCAAAACCAUGGGCACAGCCGGCUCCGUGGCCUAUUAUGAACAACGCAGCUGGCCUGCUGUACCCUACACCGUGGCCGACUUCCAUCCCACUUGUGAGAUUCAGAAUUAUCAAAAUGCCACUGAGGUCAGGGAUUGCCAGCUGGGAUCGCUGGCUGAUUUGAAUCAAACAUUGCCGCAUGUUCGUGAAAUGAUUGUCAAUUACAUGAAUCAUUUGAUUGACUUGGGUGUGGCCGGAUUUCGCAUGGAUGCAGCCAAGCAUAUGUGGCCGGAAGAUUUGAGGGCCAUCUAUGGGAGUCUGAAGCUGUUGAAUGCCAAACAUGGGUUUUCGCCCAUGUCCAGGCCAUAUAUUUAUCAGGAGGUUAUUGAUUUGGGUGGGGAGCCCAUUAAAAAAACCGAUUACAAUCACUUGGGCGCCGUAACAGAAUUUGUUUUUUCCAAGGCCAUUGGUGAGGUCUUUCGUGGCAAAAAGUCCCUGAAAUCGUUGAAAAAUUGGGGCCCAGACUGGAGUAUGCUACCCUCGGAAGAUGCCAUUGUCUUUGUGGACAAUCAUGACAAUCAAAGAGGUCAUGGGGCCGGUGGUGCUGACAUACUCACAUACAAAGAUGCCGAUUUAUAUAAAGCAGCUGUGGCCUUUAUGUUGGCCCAUCCUUAUGGCAAAGUGACCAGAGUUAUGAGUUCCUACAGUUUUGACAACAGUGAUCAAGGUCCACCGGCAUCCAAGGAUGGUUCCAUUACAGCACCAACAUUUUUGGCCAACAAUCAAUGUGAUACGGCAAAAUCUGGAUGGGUUUGUGAACAUCGUUGGCCAGAGAUACAUCACAUGGUGAAAUUCCGUAACACGGUCAAUAAUCAGCCAUUGGCUAAUUGGUGGGAAAAUGGUGAGAAUCAAAUUGCUUUUUCCCGCGGCAACAUGGGUUUUGUGGUCUUCAAUUUGGAAAGAGAUAAGGACCUUAAAGCAAAUCUACAAACCGGCCUACCUAAAGGUGUCUACUGUGAUAUUAUAUCUGGCAGGAAAUCUUGCAACUCUUGUACUGGCCUUAAGGUAAUGGUGGGAGCUGAUGGCAAAGCGGAUAUAUCACUGGCUAAGGGUCCCAAAGUUUUGGCCAUUUAUGCUCAAUCGAAAUUGACUUAAAGCUUAUUCUUUAAUUGCAUAGCUACAAAUAAAAUUUGUUGAAUUCGAAAAUGAGGCCAAAAAGUGAAAUUUUUUCACCAAAAAAAAAAAAAAACGAAAACUUGCUCCACUAACAUAACCAUCAAAAUAAAGUUCGUUACAAAUUCACAAAUCGAGUUCAAUUACAUUGCAAGGGAAUAAUAAUAAAAAUCAUAAUACGAACAAAGCCUCCCCCCUUCAAACAUAUACAAACAUAGAUGAACUCGACCCCAUUAAACAACAACAAUAACGACAACAGUGUAAAGCAGCACAGAAAGUGCAGUGCCGGCAACAGCAGCCCAUCAUAAGGCAGCUACACAAAAAAAAGAAAA